AGAGCAUUUGUUUUGUCUGAUAAUCUCGAGUUUUACUCUUGUACAACUGGAAUCGGAAAUAAUAAAGCUACAUAGUUCUUAGAUAAAUAUGUAGGUAGUUGCUUGCAUUUUAAUUUUAUAAUUUUCUUGUUAAUUUCAGAUUACAGUACAUUUUAAACAUUAAUAAGACUGGAGGAUAACGGAUUUAUUAGCUCGAAGGGAUAUUGUCUACGCAUAUGAAGUAACAGCAAAUUGUUUGAUUUCGAGAAACCAUAAUUGUAUAGAUUUAUUUGAUGAUUCAAAAUGGACCCGGAACAUCAACCCAAACUUAAUCCGGUCAGGGCCUUUCAAGUUCUACAUGGUUGUAAUGGGGAAACAGAGGAAAAUUACACUAGUCUUUCUGAGUACCAUGACUAUGAACCAAGCCUUGAAUUUGAUGACUCUGAAUUGAUCCAUGGACCUGGUCUAGCACCAUUGCCACCGGAGCUGCUAGACAUUCCAGAAGAACUUUUAGAUAGAACAGCCAACGACGGCACUAUCGAAGAGAAUUUUGAAGAGGAAUUGGCCCGGGGACCCGAGGUUUACACUGAGAUUGCGGCGUCUGGAUUAGACGAAGAAGCAUUCUCCGAUUUGAACAACCGAGGGGUUGUAGAAGUAGUGGGCGAUGAUGAGGUCGGACGGCGUGUGAUCGUCGUGGCAGCUUGCCGCCUGCCACCCAGCAACGAGUUGAACCCAGAUCAACUACUCAAGUAUCUAAUGUUCACACUUGAUAAAUACGUUGAACAAGAUUACAGUGUUGUAUAUUUUCAUUACGGCCUAAAUAGCAAGAAUAAACCACCUCUCUCGUGGUUGUGGAAAGCUUACAAGGCAUUUGACAGGAAAUAUAAGAAAAAUCUGAAAGCUCUGUAUCUUGUGCACCCAACAAACGUUAUACGUGUCGUAUGGCAAAUGUUGAGGCCCGCAAUAAGUGUGAAAUUCGGAAGGAAAAUGAUGUACUUGAACUAUUUACAUGAGUUACACCAGUAUAUAAGUUUGGAAAAACUUUGUAUUCCUGAUUCUGUACUUCAAUACGACAAAACGUUACUGUCGAAAAGUCCCCGAGCUGCCGAGAUUGCUCAGAAGGUACUUGGCCGUUUCCUGGGCUCGUCUUCGAGUGCUAAAGAUGAUCAGGGCGAGAAGACCCCACGACCGAAAACCCAGCAGUUCGGUGUCUCCCUCCAAUUUAUCAGGGCCAACAACACCAAUGUAAUCGACGGUAUACCACCUAUCGUUCGUCAGUGCGUUGAAUUCCUGUCGCGGCCUGACGCCCUGGAGACCGAGGGCAUUUUCAGACGGUCUGCGAACAUGGUGACAGUUAAGCAGCUACAGAAUAGCUGCAACCAAGGCGAGCCAAUCUCGUUUCGCGAUGACCCCCAUAUCGCGGCCGUUCUACUCAAGACCUUCCUGCGUGAUCUCGAGGAGCCCGUGUUGACCUACGACCUGUACGAGGAAAUCCUCAAAUUUCAAUCGUGGCCUAACGCAGAGAAGCCGCGCAAUGUGAAGAUACUGAUCCUGGAAAGACUUCCGAUUGAGAACUACAAGCUGUUGAAAUACUUGUUCCAGUUUCUGUGGAAGGUAAAGGAUCGAAGCUGUCUGAACAAGAUGACCUGCAGCAACCUGGCCGUGGUGUUCGGUCCCAACCUGGCCUGGCCCCCCAGCGGCCAAAUGUCCCUGCAAGCGAUCGCGCCAAUCAACGCUUUCACCGACUUCACCCUGGAGAACCAAGAGUCGAUCUUCAUCAUCUAAAUAUUUCCGACCUAAUACUUUCGAGAUACGUACACACACACACACACUUUGUUUUUGUUUUUGUUUUCUCGAUUCUCUUUUAUAUUGUUUCAUUUAAAUUCUAAAAUUUCUAUUGACCUAACCAUGAUUAAAUUAUGUGAAUCUAACAAAUAGAAAGCAAAAAUAAAAUUCUACGUAAAUGAAAUGAUUGCAAAACGUGUCCAGUCGAAUUUCUGAAUGAAUGAUCAUUUAUGUUUAUCUAUAUUUUAAAUCUUUUUAUUUACUCUAAAAUUCCUUAAGGCAUUUAAAAAAAAACAAUCCAAUACAUUUCAUAUUGGUUUUACACAUUCCCUUUUUGCAUUCGAUCCUCACUUGACACGUCAAUGAGCCUUAUACGAUUAUUAAGUACCCACGUUAACAAUUGGAUUCCAAACUAAAAUAUGCAGCUUGCCAUAUCUGACCAUAUCGAGAGGUGAAAGGCCAUUUAGUUUAAGAGACGUUUUUGAAACUACAGGAGAGCCAUUUAAAGAUUAAAAAUUGGAAAAAAUCAUGAAAAAAAUAACUUAAGCUAUUUGAAUGGUGUAAACUUAAUUAAAAUGAAUUUAAUUGAUAAAGAUAAAUUUCGCGUAUUUAAUGAAAUGUCGCUUUCACCCCUCGAAUAUUUUUUUUUAUCUAGACCAGUACCGUACUGUUUAAGGAAAAAAUUUGUAUUAUUUUAUUUUACCUACUUCAUUGGAGCACGUUUGUGGCACAAUACCUGCCUUUAUUUAUCAUAUUUAUUAAUUAAUACAAUAAAAACAUUUUAAUUUUCGAUGUACAUUUAAGAGAAACUUUCUCGAGAAUGAAACCCGGAUGACAGAGCGCUCAUUUCUGCAAUUACAUUAAAAAAAAAAAAUGGCGACCUAAAUAUAAAAUAUUCAUUUACAGAAACGGUAAUGGUAUCUACAAAAAAUAUGUAUUUUGGCCUAUUAAUUUAGUUUAUUAAUAUUGUAUUCCGUUUUUUUUUUAAAUUACUUUUUUCUUGGAACGUUUACUUUGCAUCGUGUAUUGAUAUUUAUUUACAAUUUUACAUAAAUAUGAUUACGUUUUGUUGUGUAAAUGUCUACUUUUCUUAGGUAAUUAAUUAAUAUAAGUUUCUAUUUUCAUAAUAAAUCUUAGUAUAUUAUAUAACUGAUUUGGAGAUAAAAACUUUUAAAUUUGGUACAUAAUCUUCUUACUGGUAAGAGAAAAUAUUGUAAUUAGUGAAAUGGGACACAGGGAUUUUGAAAUAUUUUUUACUAAACAAAAAUUUGGAUCCGACCUAUUGGUGAUUCCAUCCACUUGUCAUUAUGUCGUACGUCCAUUAUGUUCAUUAACGAAGAUCCAUUAUUAUUUUCGCGGGCUGUAGAUGUUUAUUUAGUUUUAAUUGGAUUGUGUUUCGCAAUGUACAAUGAAAAUUAAUUUAAAUUAUGUCACAACUCCCUAUUGGAAUAUGGAAUUAGUUAACGAUAAACAAAUUUAAUUCAGUAACUAAAUUUACUCAUUAUAAAUACUUAAAACUCCAGGAACUAUACGUGUGUACGACUUCCGCCUUUGAUUCUGAAUUUCAAUUUUAUGUCGUGUUAUAAGUUAAUUUAAUGCCAAUUUGACAUAAUCAUGGCUAUUCCGUGUUCGACGUUUGACAAGUUUAUAUUCAUCGAAAAUUAGCUAUAAGUUAGCAUCGUUAUGAAUGUAGUAGAAAUUAGAAUUUAAUUCAUUCAUGUAUACCAAAAAUAACAAAGAAUAGGUUUAGUUUUUUUUUUCUUUUUUUUUUCUUUUAUGUUGUACAGUAGUCUGCAUUAUUAUUUAUCAUAUUUUUCAUUUGUUUCUACACGUUCGACAUUUGUUAUCGAACACUACAUACGUAAUUUAAGAAACUAUUUUUACGGUUUAAUCUCGUUAUUUUUAUUGAAAUUUCUACUAAAUGGUUGACAUCUGCGCUGUUAAGUACCUAUACAAAAAUCGUUUUCUUCCGGAAUUUCUAUUUAAUAGUUCCUCUACGUACAGGGUUGCCUGGAAUAAAUCGCUUUAAGGGAUAAGACCGCUAAUUGAAACACGUUUAACUGCUAUCACACAGUUUACUGAUAAUUCUUUACUUGCGGUGUUUUAAUAACGAUUUAUCUAUUCCAGUGUAAUAUUUAAAGUGUGUCAAUCUGUGUACUGUAUGUAAUUUUUUAUGAUUUACAUAUAUACCUAAAGAAGUCUUAUUUUUAAAGUGAUUCUAUAGAGUGCAUAUUGGAAUUGUUUGCUCUUCAUCUUCAUCGUCAUUAUUAUUAUUAUUAUUAGUAACUUGACAUCAAUAAUAAUAUUAAAAGCACUAGAGGUGAUUGAAUAUAAAAAAAAUCUCGACUUUACCUUUUUUAUGCCAAGACAAAAAAUCUCAGUCGUUCGUGCCAACGAAAAUUGUAAAAUGAAAUUAAUAAAUUCGAGAUUAAACUGUACAUACUAAAAAUAACAAUAGUGUGUUAGACUGUUAUGAUAUUACCUAAAUUCAUUUAUUAUUACACCUGUUUAUCUCUGUGAACGUCACAAAUGUAAAAGUGUGAAUCCAGAAUUUAAUUUAGAAUCAAUAGAUAAAUAAAUUAUCGGGGACGAAUCCGACAGUCGUCUAGCCCUAAAUUAGGAUUAUUGUGGUAUGUGAAUCAGAGACGCGAUAUACAUGCUUAUAUACUUAUCAGUGGAUUCAUAUAUAAAUAAACAAACACGGUGUAAGCGAUCUUGUUCUUCAUACGAGCAUCAGACUGAAGUGGGAAUCGAACCAACGACCCCCGAGCUAGCAGGCAAGAGUGUUACCUCGCUACCGAGCCACAGAAUCGGCGAUACAUACCUAAUAUCCAAAAUUCUAUGUUUUUUUUAUAUAAUAACAAGAUGUCAACUGUUAAAAGGUAACAUAAGAACGUGACUAUUUAUGUAUUUAAAAAACUACCUACCUAUUACUAUUUUUACAAAUUUUAUGAGGGUUUUAUAUAGUAUUUAAUAGGACUUUCCUUAACUUAAUCAAAUCACUGAGUUCGUAACGUUUUUAACGGAAGUUGGAACAGAGAUGUUCAAGGUGCCUAUUAAAUUACUUUUUUGAGUUUCAAUAAUUUUAUUACACACAGUUUGCAUUUGUAACAGAAUAGCUAAUAACCCCAGGCAAUCUUAUAUUAUGAUCAUAUUUAUAUUACUGUAAUUACUAUUUUAAGCCAAGAUCGGACAAAACCGAUAAAUAUUAUUGAAAUAUUGUAAACUUUGUCAUCACAUCACAUCACAUAUACUAGUUUGAUUAUGAUGACCGGUGUGUGAAAUUUAUUUUGGUGCCAUCUUAGAGUUCAUACAUACAUUAUUAACACUGUUUGUGUCAUUAUUAUCCAAAUUCAUUGUUUAGUUUUGUUCUGUCAUGAAAUGUAUAUUAAUAAUAUUAAAUUAGGCAAUUUAUUGUAUUCGUACCUUUAAUUAACUUUUAAAUCAUUGUUUUUUAUUCAAAUGUUUAUGAGUCGCAGAAUCUCUUUUAUCUAAAUUUCGACAUUCCAUACAUACCUUCUAAACUGUUUUUUCCCCCAUAUUACAUGAUUGGGAUAAUGUGUGUAGAUGUUAAUGUUAAGGAUAGAUGUUAAAUAUAAUAAUAUGUAUUAGAUAGUGAUUUUUUUAAAAGCGAUACGUAUAUGCGCUUUAUAAAAGCGAUAGUUACAGUCUUGGCGGUUUUACGUUUUAACAUCAUAAUAAGUGGUAAUAAUAAUCAUCAACAACUUGUUAUUUUAAUUGUAGCAUUACAAGUGAAGUACAGUGUUACUUAUAGUCACAACAGCAAGAUGCUAAUUUGUUGAAAAGUUGUAUGAAUUUCCAAACCAGUUGUAAUUUCAUCAAAAGAAAUUUAUAGUUGUUUUUCACUGUACUUGAAAUUAUUUCAUUUUUCUUGUUAAAUGCGUAAGUUAUCAUAUCUAGAGUAAAAACUUUUAAAGUUAAUAUAUCAACUGUUAACAUAAUAUAAAACUUCAAAACUUCAAUAAAAAUAUUAGUUGAAU